AACAGCGUCAACUGCACCCCCACCCCCCGCUAUAAUUUGCUUUCUGAUUCAGAACGACGGUAAAUUCCCGGUACUUUCCAGUGGUAUCUUCCUAAUCCGCGCGAUGCUUAGCAGGAAGCGGCCAUCGAUAGUUUUCUAUUGACAAAUCGCAUCAGGAAAAUAAGUGAAAGUCGAUGGUUGUCCGUUCUUUCUAUCUUUCAUCCGACACCUUCCCGUUCUCAUAGAUAGCAUCCUAGCAAAUCCCCGACGGUUACUGGAGAGUUAAAACGCUGAAAACGCGUAGCCUAAGCAACUACAAUUUUCUUUCGUUCGAAUUCAGUCACUUUUUGUGCGAACAGUUUGAGCUACUCUCGUUCAACAUCAGUCGCGCGCUUUCGUAAUUCCUCUCCUCAACUGACAUUUCCUGUUUUAAAUAUAGUUUAUCUGGAUUUUUUUCUACUUUUUUCCCCCACUGGCGUUGCCAACGCAACACAGAUAGCCUGUCUCUGAACGCAGUCGUUUUUCGAAAAAACCUCCUGUGGCACUGAGACACAUUGGUCUACGCUUUCUCCCCCGUCUAGAUAGUCUCCACCCAAGACCAACAAUAUGUUGGACCCAUCUUCCAGUGAAGAGGAAGCGGAUGAGAUAGUGGAAGAAGAAGGCAAAGAGGUGAUGGCACCAAAGACCGGGGGAGCACGGGUGUCACCCAGCCGGACCACCGACAGUUCUGGUGGGCUCCAGCCCUCGAGCCGGGGAAGCAGCGCUUGUGCGUCCAACCCCAGCCCCUCGGCGGCCAGCGAGAAGGAGAAAGAUGAUCUGGAAAAGAUGCAGAGGGAGGAGGAAGAGCGAAAGAAGAGGCUCCAGCUCUAUGUCUUUGUGAUGCGCUGCAUUGCUUAUCCUUUUAAUGCCAAGCAACCCACCGACAUGGCAAGACGACAACAGAAGAUCAGUAAGCAGCAGCUACAGACAGUGAAGGAGCGUUUCCAGGCUUUCCUCAGUGGUGACACCCAGAUAGUGGCAGACGAGGCCUUCAUCAAUGCAGUCCAGAGCUACUAUGAUAUAUUCCUGAAGAGUGACCGUGUGUCCCGGAUGGUGCAGAGCGGAGGCUGCUCGGCCAGUGACUCGCGGGAGGUUUUCAAGAAGCACAUUGAGAAGCGUGUCCGUAGCCUGCCGGAGAUCGACGGCCUAAGUAAGGAGACAGUGCUCAGCUCCUGGAUGGCCAAGUUUGACACAAUCUACCGCGGAGAGGAUGACCCCAGGAAGCACCAGCAGCGGAUGACAGCCAGUGCAGCCUCAGAGCUCAUCCUCAGUAAGGACCAGCUCUACGAGAUGUUCCAGUCCAUCCUGGGCAUCAAGAAGUUUGAGCACCAGCUCCUCUACAACGCCUGUCAGCUUGAUAACCCAGACGAGCAGGCUGCACAGAUCAGGAGAGAACUGGACGGACGACUGCAGAUGGCUGAUCAGAUCGCCAGGGGCGGCAAGUUUCCCAAGUUUGUGUCCAAAGAGAUGGAGGCCAUGUUCAUAGAGGAGCUGAGAUCCUCAGUGAACCUGCUGAUGGCUAACCUGGAGAGCAUGCCCGUGUCCAAGGGAGGAGAGUUCAAACUGCAGAAGCUCAAACGAGGGCACAACACCUCCAUCAUAGACAUGGGCCAGGAGGACGAGAACACGCUGUCCAAGUCUGAUGUGGUGCUCUCCUUCACUCUGGAGGUGGUGAUUGUGGAGGUUCAGGGGUUAAAGUCGCUGGCGCCCAAUCGGAUCGUCUACUGCACCAUGGAGGUGGAGGGGGGGCAUAAGCUCCAGACUGACCAGGCCGAGGCCUCCAAACCAACCUGGGGGACCCAGGGGGACUUCACCACCACACACCCCCUGCCUGCUGUCAAGGUGAAGUUGUUCACUGAGAGCACAGGAGUCCUGGCCCUGGAGGACAAAGAGCUUGGCAGGGUGGUACUCCAUCCGACCCCUAACAGUCCCAAACAGUCCGAACUACACAAGAUGUCCGUGUCCAAAGGCUGCCCUGACAGUGACCUGAAGAUCAAACUGGCCAUCCGCAUGGACAAGCCACAAAACAUGAAGCACUGUGGGUACCUAUGGGCUAUUGGUAAAAAUGUGUGGAAGAGAUGGAAGAAGAGAUUCUUUGUCUUGGUGCAGGUGAGCCAGUACACCUUUGCCAUGUGCAGCUACAGAGAGAAGAAGGCAGAGCCUGUGGAGCUGCUUCAACUGGACGGCUACACUGUAGACUACACCGACCCUCAGCCAGGUCUUGACGGUGGGAGGACCUUCUUCAAUGCAGUAAAGGAAGGUGACACCGUGAUCUUUGCCAGUGAUGACGAGCAGGACCGCAUCCUGUGGGUCCAGGCUAUGUACCGGGCCACGGGCCAGUCCCACAAGCCAAUCCCCCCCACCCAGGUCCAGAAACUCAACAACAGAGCAGGCUCCGCACCUCAGCUAGACGCACCCAUCUCCCAGUUCUACGCGGACCGGGCGCAGAAACAUGGCAUGGAUGAGUUCAUCUCAGCCAACCCCUGCAGCUUUGACCACUCCUCUCUGUUUGAGAUGGUGCAGCGCCUCACCCUGGACCACAGACUCAAUGACUCCUACUCCUGUUUGGGUUGGUUCAGUCCAGGCCAGGUGUUUGUCAUGGAUGAGUACUGUGCUCGUAAUGGUGUGCGGGGGUGUCACAGACACCUGUGUUACCUGGGUGACCUGCUGGAGAGAGCAGAGAACGGGGCUAUGAUUGACCCCACCCUGCUGCACUACAGCUUUGCCUUCUGUGCCUCACACGUCCAUGGCAACAGGCCUGACGGGAUAGGGACGGUGACUGUGGAGGAGAAGGAACGCUUUGAGGAUAUCAAAGAGAGGCUGCGUGUUCUGCUGGAGAACCAGAUCACACACUUCAGGUACUGUUUUCCAUUUGGUCGACCGGAGGGGGCCCUGAAAGCCACUUUGUCCCUGCUUGAGAGGGUGCUGAUGAAGGAUAUUGUGACUCCUGUGCCCCAGGAGGAGGUGAAGACAGUCAUCCGUAAAUGUCUGGAGCAGGCAGCCUUGAUCAACUACCAGCGCCUCUCAGAAUACGCCAAAGUAGAAGGGAAAAAGAGAGAAAUGUAUGAGCAUCCUGUCUUCUGCUUGGCGUCUCAAGUGAUGGAUUUAACCAUUCAGAAUGUAGGGCGCUUAGUCACCCCAGCCAAAAAGCUGGAGGACACCAUCCGCCUGGCCGAAUUGGUCAUCGAGGUUCUCCAACAGAAUGAGGAGCACCAUGCAGAGGGCAAAGAGGCGUUUGCGUGGUGGUCUGACCUGAUGGUGGAGCACGCGGAGACCUUCCUGUCUCUGUAUGCGGUGGACAUGGACGCUGCUCUGGAGGUGCAGCCCCCUGACAGCUGGGACAGCUUCCCUCUCUUCCAGCUCCUCAACGACUUCCUGAGGACCGACUAUAACCUGUGCAACGGGCAGUUCCAUAGACACCUGCAGGACCUGUACGCCCCCCUUGUGGUGCGAUAUGUGGACCUCAUGGAGUCAUCUAUCGCCCAGUCCAUCCACAGGGGCUUCGAGAGGGAGUCCUGGGAGCCUGUCAAGAGCCUAACAAGUAAUCUUCCUGAUUUGAGUCUACCAAAUGUCAAGCUCCAAAUGCCCAAAGUACCAAAUCUACCACCAGUUAGCCUUCUAACAAUGCCUAGCUUUUCUACACCCAACUGGAUGGCAGCUACAUGUGACUCAGAUAAUGGCUCGGGGACCUCCGAGGAUCUGUUCUGGAAGCUGGAUGCGCUGCAGACCUUCAUCAGAGACCUGCACUGGCCUGAGGAGGAGUUUGGCAAACACCUGGAGAGCAGGCUCAAACUCAUGUCCAGCGACAUGAUUGAGUCCUGCGUCAAACGAACGAGGGUGGCCUUUGAGGCCAAGCUCCAGAAGAGCAGUCGGACCACAGACCUCCGCGUGCCUCAGUCCAUCUGCACCAUGUUCAACGUGAUGGUGGAUGCCAAGGCCCAGUCAGCCAAGCUGUGUGCCAUGGAGCUGGGACAGGAGAGACAGUACCAUUCCCAAAUCGACGCUCUCAUAGAGGAGACUGUGAAGGAGAUGAUCACCUUACUGGUAGCAAAGUUUGUGGUCAUUCUAGAGAGUGUCCUAGCCAAACUGUCCAGAUACGACGAGGGCACUCUCUUCUCCUCCUUCCUCUCUUUCACAGUGAAAGCUGCAUCAAAGUAUGUGGAUGUACCUAAGCCUGGGAUGGACAUUGCAGACGGUUACGUGACCUUUGUGCGCCAUUCUCAGGACAUGCUGCGGGAUAAGGUCAAUGAGGAGGUGUAUGUAGAAAGGUUAUUUGCCCAAUGGUACACCAGCACCAUGAACCUCCUGGGUAUGUGGCUGACUGACCGGAUGGACCUACAGCUCCAUGUCUACCAACUCAAGAUCCUCAUCAGAGUAGUCAAGAAAAAGUACCGUGACUUCCGGCUGCAGGGCGUCCUGGACUCCACACUAAACAGUAAGAUGUAUGACACGGUGCGGAACAGACUGACCCUGGAGGAGGCCACGGCGUCGGUGAGAGAAGGAGGGAUGUCUGGCAUAUCCAUGAAGGACAGUGAUGAAGACGACGAUGAUGACUAGAUCAACAUCACCGGAUGGAGCCUGCGAAUCAAUGCAUGUACCAACUUUGUUAACCACUGGACCAAUCUUAUAGGGUUAUUAUUUUCCACUGUCAGAUAGAUAGAAAUACCCACAAAGGAACAACAAUACAAAUUUGUAACCAAAUACAUAAAUUAUAAUGAUAUUAGUUAUUAUAAUUAUAAAAUAUAUAUAUUUAUGUGUUGAACUAAAAAAGUAUAGGUGUUUUACAAAAAAAAGUUAACAUUUGCCUAGCAUUCACUCUUGAAUGUUCCUAAGCAAAUAUGGAGAGCCAUGUAUGCGAUGUUGAGUACCAUGAUUAGGGAUAAUGCUUGGUGUGUACCUGUUGAAUGCAAACCUGUUGAGGCGCUUUGCUAACGUACUGUGAAUACAGUAAUGGUACAUCAUUGUGAGGAGGAGAGUAACAUCACCUAUUGUUCUCAUUCAUCUCAGAGCGUAUGUCUACUGCCUGAAGGGAACCAAACUACAGACAGCCAGGCAACCUGUUUGUAUCUAGAUUACAAUAUAUUAUAAAAAGUAGCUAUCCAUUCUCUCUCGUCUCUUAACAUCAAUGUAGAAUUUACUUUGUUGACUCAAUUCAAUACUCAAUACUACAACAUUUUCCCUCACUGGCAAAACAUUUAGCCACAUUUUUUUUAAAAUUAUGAGUUGUUUUAGAAAUGCAAUAUUUUCAUUGUUUCAUUGUUAUAUCUUGUUGAUGUAUUUAUUGAUAAUUUAUGUUUUUUUUUAAAUACAUUUUUUUUUAAAUGUUAUAUUUCAGUUAUAAUAGCAAUUAUAGCACAAAGAUAUUCAAUCACAAAGGGAAAAGAGACUUUCUUCUGUGUCCCCUAUACUUCCGCCAUUCCAGGUGAUUAUGUGUGUCCACACUUUUAUAUCUUUAUUGUGUCUGCCAGUAUUUCCUCUGCCGCUGAUGUUGUUUUGUAUAUACACAUACUGUACAUUGCCCUGUGUGCAGUUACUGAAUGUCCCAGGUAUCCUCUUCUCUCCAGAAGUGUGUUUGUUCUCAGUGUGCAGUUACUGGUGGAGUAAUUUUGCUUCUGCCUUAUGGGAGCCUAUAGAACUGGGGCCCACAAAGUGAAAAUAAAAGUAUCUGUACAAACAUA